CGUUCUCAAUUCAAAGUUUCGAAAUUUUUUGGACCGAAAAUGUAACAGUUGCAUUUAAGUUACAUUUUAGCUUUUAUCUACUAAAUAAGCUUCCGUUUUCAAAUGUUUGCUUGUAAAUGGAUAAUGGAAUGUAACGUUUGACGAAUUAAAGAUUGAUUUGAUUGUUUUUAUUAUUUAUGUAAUUUUAAUAAUAAUAUAAUUUAAAAAUGGCUAGUCACAGUGGCAGGCGAUCUGGCCAAACUAAAAUGAGACUGACCGUUUUCUGCGCAAAGAAUUUAACAAAGAAAGAUUUCUUUCGCCUACCAGACCCAUAUGCAAAGGUUGUUGUCGAAGGGACGGGUCAGUGCCAUGUGACUGAGUGCUGUAAGAAUACUUUGGAUCCCAAGUGGAACCAACUAUUUGAUCUAUAUGUAGGACCAAAAGAUUCCAUCCUCGUCUCCAUAUGGAACCAGAAGAAGGCACACAAGAAGCAAGGAGCCGGAUUCCUGGGAUGUGUUCGCAUCAUGAGCAAUGCCAUUCAGAGGCUCAAAGAUUCUGGAUUUCAAAAGAUUGAACUACAAAGAAGUAGCACAGAUGAUGUCAUCCGAGGAUACGUGGUCAUCAGUCUGUCCACCAGAUCCUCAUCUACCUCCACCAGCAGUCCACCACCAUCUUGUCACGUUCACUUACACCAAGAUGAUGUUUUUGGAGUAUGGGAAGAAAGAAGGUUCUCCACUGGUAGAGUCUUGUAUUUGAAUCACAUUACAAGAUCCACACAAUGGGAACGACCAACGAGCAACUCCACGACCGCAUCAACGACGACAUCAACUACCACCACAACCAUCAGUACCGCAAUCUCUAACUCCAAUCAUAACAGUCACAGCAAUAACAACAACAACACGUCCGGUCUGAACCUGAACAUCGAUCAUCGAAGGCCGAGAUCAACGAGACACGAGAACUACCUUAACAGAUCACAUCUCCAUCAAACUGCCAACCUACCUGAUGGUUAUGAACAAAGAACAACGGCCCAGGGCCAGGUUUACUACCUGCACACACAAUCAGGUGUCAGUUCGUGGCACGACCCUCGUGUGCCCAGAGAUCUGACACAGAUCUGCAACGACGACGUGCUGGGUCCGAUGCCUCUAGGCUGGGAGAAGAGAAUGACAUCAACUGGUCGGCCCUAUUUCGUAGACCACACAAGGAGGACCACCCAAUUCACCGACCCUCGACUCCCCGCCAACCUGUCAAUCAUUCAACAGAGAUUCAGUCCAUGUGAUCAGACUCCGCCCCCAUCCAUCGAUCUGCGAUGUGAUUCGCCGCUACCGAAGUACAAGAGGGACUUGGUGCAGAAGUUGAAGAUGUUGAGGCAGGAACUGCACGCCCUCCAACCACAGGCCAGUCACUGCCGGAUCGAGGUGUCCAGGGAGGAAAUAUUCGAAGAGUCAUACAGAGCCAUAAUGAAAAUGAGGUCGAAGGAGUUAAAGAAGAGGUUGAUGGUGAAGUUUCGUGGAGAGGAAGGACUCGAUUAUGGUGGGAUCGCCAGAGAAUGGUUGUACCUGCUGUCCCAUGAAAUGCUCAAUCCAUAUUAUGGACUCUUCCAAUACUCAAGGGAUGACAUCUACACGCUACAAAUCAAUCCAGACUCUGGCAUCAAUCCUGAGCACCUCUCCUACUUCCACUUUGUCGGUCGCAUAAUAGGGAUGGCCAUCUUCCACGGGCACUACCUCGACGGGGGGUUCACUCUGCCAUUCUACAAGCAACUCCUGGGCAAGCAGAUUUCCCUGGAUGACCUGGAAGCUGUUGACCCUGACCUCUAUCGCAGUCUCGUCUGGAUACUUGAGAACGAUAUAACGGGGGUGAUUGACAACGUGUUCUGCGUGGACCACGAGGCAUUCGGGGAGAGGAAGGAGCACGAGCUGAAGACUGGGGGUAGGGACGUCCCCGUCACGCAGGAGAACAAGAAGGAAUAUGUCAAGUUAUACGUAAACUGGCGGUUCAUGCGGGGUGUUGAGGCACAGUUUGCAGCUCUACAAAAAGGUCUCAAUGAAUUGGUGCCUCAGCAACUGCUGAAACCAUUUGAUGAGAGGGAGAUUGAGCUGAUGAUCGGUGGUCUGGGUAGGAUUGAUGUUGAAGACUGGAGGAAGAACACGAGGCUGAAGCACUGCACGUCAUCGUCUGACGUGGUCGUCUGGUUCUGGAGGGCUGUCGAGGAGUACGAUGAGGAGAGGAGGGCCAGGCUGUUGCAGUUCGUUACGGGCAGCUCGAGGGUACCUCUGCAGGGGUUCAAGGCUCUUCAAGGUCGUGGGGGGGGUCCUCGUCUCUUCACCAUCCAUCAAAUCGAAGCUUCAACUGACAACCUACCCAAGGCACACACCUGCUUCAAUCGCAUUGACAUACCGGCUUAUGAGAGCUACGAGAAGUUCUUCGACAAGUUGACCUGCGCAGUCGAAGAAACGUGUGGAUUCACAGUAGAAUGA